UUCCCGUCUUGUCCUGCUUGCAAUCACCAUCACCUUGCAACAAAGAUGAGUAGCGUUUUACGAAGUGGUCCUUCUCGACAGCCUUCUCUGUCAUCUACAACGGGAGGAUCAGCUUCAGGAUCAUCUUCCACUGCAGGUAUACCUUCUUCCAUCAAUACUCAAUCCACCCUUUCAACGCUGUCAACCAAUACACCAAUCCAACGAUUCAGAAAGUUAGUAUGGGAUGCCACAAUUCCAAUCUCAGUAACUGUAGAAUCAGCGGAUUUAGCAAGUUUUGGAGUGGUUGACAGAUCUAUAGAAACAUAUUAUGUUCGUGCACCUCGGAUAUCCUACCUGCCGCUGGUCUUGCAAGAAGUUCGUGCUAAUUUAUUGUCGAUCAUGGUCGACGAUGCCAUCUUAGCAAAUAUCAAAGAAGAAGACUUUUGGCUCACGUACGAAGGUGUACCACUCCGGUGGCAUUGGCCGAUUGGGCUUUUGUACGACUUUCAUGCAGUCAAUAUGGCACCUACGACGCACAAGAAUUCCUCUUCAAGCUCGAACUCAGUGAACACAAUUACCAGUACAAUGAGAAAGCUUAGCACUGCUCCUUCUGUCGCUUCCAGUGCUGGCAUUCCAUCUGUGGACGGAUACUUCUCUCCGCCUUUACCGGACAAUUCGUCAUUUACUGCACCUAAUCCGCAAUUGCCAUGGCGACUAGUAUUACGCAUCGGGAAUGCACCUCUGGACAAGAUUCAUUCUGCUCCUGGACUGGACAAUUGUAGAUCAAGCUUUAUGAGCAUGGUAAAAGAAGCGGAUCAUGUGCGAUAUGGAAGUACGAAAAGGGUAGUCAAUCUACGAAGAACAGAACAAGAUCAACUUUGGGAUGGUGUUAUUCAACAUGAUUUUGACGUAUUUUGGUCUGUGGCUUCAAAAUUGAUUCCCAAUGCUCAACAAACAGCGAAUACACAAUCGACAGACACGGCAGGUAGUAGCCUAUCUCCUUCUCGAGCGGCAUCUUUCUCGUCCGCAGCAGGUGAAAGCGUUACCGGUGCUGAAAAGUACACAGCGACGUCAAGUCAGCUUACCGCUCGACCAUCACUUAUGCAACAAUAUAAUGAAAGUCAGACAAGUCUUCACAGUGCAGCGCCAAGCGAGACGAAUAUGAGCGUAGCAGAGAGUGCAGUCACGACAGGGAAAGCCAGUACUUCUGGUGGUGGAUCUUCAUCCUAUAGAAGUUUACCGAUGCGUUUUCAUUUGGUCAAUGGAGCACCCGUAGUACAAGAACCUGUUGCGCCUUACACUGAAGAUGGCAAGCCGAACACGCUGCAUUCAAUUUUAUCUGCACUCUUUCCACUCCUCUUUCCGCCCACUCCAACAUUCUCGCCUUCUUCCACUCCUGCUCCUCCGCCUCCAUUGGCUUAUGCGGUUGUUCAAGGUAUCCGAAUUCCUCUAGAUGCAGAAAUACCCUGGAUAGGAGCACUUUUAGGUUCAGCAGACGGAUGGGUGGCAGUUUGUAUACAUUUAUUGGCAGAAGGUGAAAAGUUGUAAUUCAAUGAUGAUGUAAAUGAUUAUACCCCUUUGUUCAAUCCCAACAUUCUUCAAUCCAACGUCCUUGUGUUUCAAUUUGGUUGAUGUAGUCUUCUGCUUGCUCUUCUUGCAUUUUGCCAUGCGUACAACAGGCUUCAACGAUACUUGCACGAACGGCUUGCGGCAUCUUGCCUGCACUUCCACAAACAUAAACAAGCCCUUUAGGAUUAGAGAUUAUCUUCCAUACCUGUUCGCUUUCCUUACUGAUAAGAUCUUGUACGUAAAUCUUUUCCUCUUGAUCGCGUGAGGCUGCAAGGUAUGGUGUGAUGCAUCCUUUCGAAGCGAGGUCGUUCCACUCUUCUCCAAACAAAAAGUCUUUCGCUUGAUUGCGGAACCCAAAGAAGCACAAAUUAUCUUUAGCCUUCAUUGAACCGUUUAGAGUUGCGUAUCGAUC